AUGGAUUCAGACUAUGCCUUUAUUUCUGCUAGCUCUGACAAAACUGUUCAGAUAUGGCGAAUUUCUGCCAAUUCGGUGGACAUGGCAGCUGACGAACUCGAUAAGGGUAAUUGGCUCGGCUGGAGUCGAUAUUGGCCUGGCCCCAGGAACGCAGGAGUUGGAAAUGAGGCUGGAAUUGAAGUUGGGAUUAUGGGCACACGGAUUCAGCGUGGCCUCUCAGAAUCAGCAAUAGCAGCUGGUGGGAGUGGGACCUCUGCUAUUACUACCGAUGGCCUGUACACAUCUGGUACUGCCUCGUCGAUAUCUAUUCAGUCCGUUGAUAGUUUAUCAGCUCAAUUCGUCUUCCGUGAACACAAAAAACCGGUUUUCGCUGCAUACCUUUUUGAUCAUCGUCAUGUGGCCUCCCUGGAUGGCAGUCUCAUAGUCUGGGAUCCAAAUACAGGGCAAAAGGUGAGCGUCUCAUAA